AUGAAGGAUUACGCUGAGAGCAUCGCUUUUCUGGGUCAGUGGGGACUUUUCCAGCAGGUCGUCUUCUUCCUGCUCUGUGCCAGUAUCAUGCCAAAUGGAUUCGGUGCCUUUACGCUCGUCUUUCUGAAUGACAUACCGAGCCACCACUGCUUCGUUCCGGAGGUUAACCUCACUGAAGACUGGCAUAAAACCAUCAUACCCUUUAAGGUGAGACUUCUCAAGCUCCUGACAAAAGAUUCAGCUUUUUAUAUAGUCUGUACCUAGUACUUUAUAAGCUUUUAUUCCUUUACUGCCCACCCGACAGUUUAUAGCAACACAUUAAUAUAGAGAUGAAUUAAAGGGAUAUUGUUGCCAAUGUCUUAGGAAAAGUCAUACUUUAUCUUACCUAUGAAUAUUUAUGUAAUAAUUCAUAUUUGUAUGUCCUUUUUAAACCAUAGACUAAUCAUAAUACUUUCGUCAAAGCUUGAGUUUCAACUUUAGCAAAGUAGUACAUAUCAAAAACAUCAUGCAUUAUACAAACUGACGGGAAACAAAAGAGAUCCAACAGCAGUUGAAGCUUAUGCUGAUCUUCUUGUGUAAGGAUGAGUUUAGCCUCUGUAACUAUUCUGAGUGACACUCUAGGGUUAAAGUUGCAUGAUAAGAAGGUGCAUCCAUGCAAUUAAAGGAUUUAGUCAAGUCAGUCAGAAUGUAUUGGUCGGUGACUGAGUUGUGUGGUCAUGAGAACAAAUAUGACUUUACAAAAUAAGAAAGUGAUGAAAGAAAGUAAUGAAUUUUGUGUUGCUGUGACUGUGAGAUGGUGAAUGGGAAACAGGAGCUGAGCAGCUGCAGCAGAUACAGGCUGGAUGUGGUCCAAAAUCUCUCUGCUCAGGGAUUCAUUCCUGGCAGGGACAUCAACCUCACUGGUCUGGAGCAGGAGGGCUGUAUAGACGGGUGGAGUUACAGCAAAGACAUCUACGAGGCUACCAUUGUCUCUGAGGUGAGAGUUCAUACCCCAAACCGCAAGAUCAAUGUCAGAUUCAGUUUUUCUGAGCAGUCUCCUGGAUGUUGUCUUCAGCUUUUAUUUCCAACCUUAUUUUUCCUUAACUGUAUUUCUUUCUCAAUCUCUGCGUCUGUAUAGCCCUGUUCCAGCCUGUCUCUGUGUUUCAUUUGCCUUUUUGCUUUUGGAUUAUUUAAGGUAGAACUUUCCCCAAAGCCUUUUGGUGUCACUAAGCCCAUCACUCUGCAACUAGUGAAAUGUUAAGCCAGAGCAAUGAAAGUUCAUCUGUCAGUCAUCACUCCUUGUCAGCGCUCAUUGUCAUGCCUUUACAAAGCUGCUUGUAAAAAAUGUAAUCAUCUUAAAGCUCAGAGUCAAUGGCUGACCUUAAACUUGCUCUUGAUGUCAUUUGACUCCACUGCUUUCUUUCCCAGACCUGCCUUCAUUGGUUUGUUGUAUGUGGUGCUUUUUGCUUCCUGUAUUUUCUCAUGCUUUCAAUGGUCUGUCAUGUGACCUGUAUUUGCCUAGGCCCGAGGCAGAUUUGAAUAUAAACUAGUUGAGCAAUUCUACACGCUGAACAUGUAAGGCAACUCAGUAAAAUGUUCAAAUUGUUUAACCAAAUUGAACAUCCUUCCAUGCAUUACUGCAGUUCAGGAUAAGGCACGGGAUUGAAAAUACAUUACCAAUUCUCAUAAAUAUCCAUUAAGUAAAGUUUUAGCCUAAAGUUUUGUAAGUGCCUUCAUUAUCAUUGAUUGUGUUCAGUAAAUUACUUUAUAUCGGCUUGUUUAGAUGCCAAACUCAGGCUAGUUCGACAUUUUGUUUCUAUAUUGUGGUUGUCUGUUGUUAUUACCCUCCGACUGAGCAGAGGUGUGAAGUUUGUUUUGCUGGUUGUAAUCAUAGAGCUAGCACGUCCCACAUCCUGUCCCACACCUUGUCAUUAAAUUGUAAGUGAAAUGAGAGAUAAACUUAUGAGGAAGGUAGAGCGUUUAUAUAGAUUAAGUUCUUUGAUAAUUUUAUUAACAACAGCCCAAGGUAAAAUAAAAAGGUACUGUAAAUACUACCAGGCAGCAUCUAUUUUGUCAAUGUUUGUUGUUUCAGUUUGACCUUGUGUGCAGUGAGCAGUGGAAGCAGCCGUUCACCGCCACAGUUUUCUUUGUUGGGGUUCUUUUUGGAUCCUUCUUCUCAGGCCAGCUCUCAGACAGGUAUUUCUUAAAAUGAUCUUAUAUGAUUAAAAGAGAUAUAAAGAAUAUGUGCACGGCUCUUUUGAAAAUACACUACAUCAGCUCUGGUGCUGCUGUGAAUCUGACUUCCAGCACAGUUUUUGCAAUUAAAACACUCAGCUGGUCUAGAAUAAAAAAAAAUAUUGAGGUACUUGUAAAUAAUAUAAGUCACAGGGGAUCCUCGUCAGCUCAGCUCCUAUGUUAAGUAAUUAUUUGGUAAACUUAAACACACCCUGGACUAAAAGCUGCUGAAGAUUGGGGUAGCUCAACCACACAGUUCAGGAAAUUUUAACAAACGCCAAGCCCUAUUCUCUGUGUGAGUGUGGACUUGAUUUGGAAAUUUCUCAACUUUUUGCUCUGUCAUCUGAGCCCCACUUUUUUUCCGUUACGAAAGAUAUGUGUUCCUGAUAAAUCAACUGGGUCUAUGAUAUGUGAGUCAUCAAUCUGUUGUGAAUUUAAAUAUUUUUGCACUGCAGUUUGAUUUUAUUUUGCACAUAAAAUGUCUAAGAUUAUCUGUCAGACAGUAAUGGCUGUAGAGUUUAUUUUGAUAGGUAAACAUUGUACGUAAACAUGGUUUCAGUCAUUGCAGCACUGUGCUUGCUCUUAAAAAUACAAAUAUUAAUAGAGGAGAAUAGAAAUAGGAAUGAAUAAGAUUAAAUAAUAAAUUGCAACUGUUAGUAAAAAGUGCAGAAUAUUUCAAAUAAAGAUAUUUACAAAGCGCAGAGUCUUUAAGAAAUAAACUAUCUACAAGCCAAAAACGUAGGAAGAGUGUACAAAACCAGUUUGCAGUGAAGGAUAUUGCACAGAGUGUUAUACAGUUUAACGAAGUAUUUCACUGGUAAGACAAAUAUUGCGCAGUGUCGCUUAUAAACACUAUAUUAUUUUUAUUGCACUCUUCGAUUAUUGAUGUUUUACUGGUUAACUACAGUUUGCAGAGUUCAGUGUAAUUAUAUGUAGUGGAGAAACUUUCAGCUACUAUGACGAGAAUAAGUCCAGGGACAGACAGUGUGUCACACUUAGAGGGGGAGUUAUGACGCUCUAUGAUGCAUUUUAGGGGAAUGAGUCCUGUGUUUGACCAGCAGGUGAUGGAGUUGGUGGUGGAUGCUGUCCAAGAUCACGUGUAGCUUUGACAACAUCCUCCUCUCUGUCACCACCGUCAGAGAGUCCAGCUUAUUUCACAGAGGCCUUGUGGAUGAGUUUGUUGAGUCUGUUGGUGACUGCUAUUCUCAGCCUGCUGCUCCAGCGCACAACAGCAAACAGGAUCUCACUGGCCACCACAGACUCAUAGAACAUCCUCAGCAUUGUCCUGCAGAUGUGAAAGGACCUCAGUCUCCUGAGGAAGUAGAGACGCUGAGGCCCUUCUCAUAGACUGAUGAAGAAAAAGCUGAAUUCUGUUCAGCACUUGAUAAGGAGAAAGUGACACUUAAAAAAAUACUCUAAUUUUUUCUGUUAUUGAUUAAUCAUCCUAUUGGUCUCCUCUUUUAUGAACCGAAUUAUUUUAGAUUUUUUAUUAUUUUUUCUUUAUAGUUUAUAAAUGGUAUGUCAGAAAAAAGGGACCUUUUUAUUUCGGUGUGUAGCUACAUAAUUUUGAUUCCUUUUUUUCUUCCUUGAUAUCCAGUUGAGCCACAGGAAUGUGUCAUGACUGCAAAUUAAAGGUGUUGCAUGCCUACACAGGUUUUUGCAGGAAAUGUGGAGACUGAAUGUUCUCUGGGUGAAGUUCUGGAAGGCUAUGCUGGGUUUACUGGUUUUCUCAAGAAUGUUGAUGAUGCAACUUCUCUCACAACAAAACUAAAAGAUGAGAGAGAUGACAGGUCUCAUAAGGCUGUUCAUUAGAAAAAGGUAAACAGGUGAAGCACAGGGUGUGGACCAUAGGCAUACCUGGCCCAUGAACUGCAGGUUUUAUAAUGGCUCAAAUCAUCUUCAUGUCUCUGGUCCACAUCAGACUGAAGUGUAUCAACAAUGAUAAUGUGCUGAUAGGAAGUAUUUCAUAUGCAGCCCUUGAAAUCUUUAAACAUCUGUAUAUGACUGUUAGCACAUAUGAUAUGCAUUCUUUGAUAACAGUAAAUGUCUACUUUUUGUGAGUUAUUAUGUAUAAAUUGUAAUGUAUGUUUCAAAAGUAAGAGUUUUUUGUUUUCAUGCUAUUAGUAUUUUAAAGUGUUCAAAAAUCACAGCACAUCAAAAGUGUUGGGAAAAGUUUUAAGGUGACACAAGAACACAGAUUUUUUAACGUUUUACUUACUUAACUGUGCUCACUCUGUUUGUGUUGUGAUUAUCUGACAAGUUCUCUUCCACAGUGUAAAAGAAAACAACUCUCUGUUUAUAUCAUAUUUAAUUUUUUACCUGUUUCUGUUGAUCUCCCUUUAAUAGAUUUGGAAGGAAACCUAUUCUUUUUGCAACCAUGGCUGUUCAGACAGUUUUCACCUUCAUUCAAAUCUUCUCUGUCUCAUGGACCAUGUUCACCGUCCUCCUCUUCUUCAAUGGUUUAGGACAGAUGUCCAACUAUAUUGGUGCCUUAGUGCUGGGUACAUAUGAACAUCCUAUCUUAUAAAUACUGCCUCAGUAGUUAAACUCAAAUUUCAGAUUUUGGUUUUGUUUAAAUGCUGCAAAUCCUGAUAACCUUUCUUUUGCUUGUCACCCUCUCCUGAUUUUUCAUUACCCUUUUACAGGUGCUGAGAUCUUCACUGGAAAUGUGCGAAUCCUUUACUCAUCUCUGGGCACAUGUUUAGGCUUUGCCAUUGGCUACAUGUUGCUGCCUCUGUUUGCUUACUUUUUGAGGGAUUGGAAGUCUCUCCUGGUGGCCAUGUCUGUGCCUUGCCUGGCCUACAUCCCCUUCUGGUGGUAAGAUACAUUAAGUACAAGAAAUCUUACUCCAUUGAUUACUCAAGUCAUUAUCUAGACACCAAUUUAGUGAAGAUAAGCAUAAGUUAAAUAACUUUGUACAAAGAGGACAAAGAAGAGAACUCAAAUGCCUUUUUUGUUUUACGCUCGUUCAUGUCUUCAAGUGUUAAAAUAUUUGUCAACUAAAAUACAUAGAGAAAUAAAAAGAGCUAGACUUGUUCAUGAUGUCUCUCUCCAGAAAUUCGCAGCCAGGCCCAAACUAAUAUGAACAAGCUGUUGUGAAACACAGCAAUAGUCUUCAGCAAACAAGUUGAUAGAUUGAUGACCGUGUUCAUGUUGAGCAGAGUUAUUGUGCUUUAUCCUCUUGCAUCACUAGCUGUAUUACAGAGUAUUUUGGGCUGUAAGAACAUUUAAAGUUAAUUUCAAAGCAAUUAACUGUCAUUUUAGAGAACUCCACGUUGUAAUUAUUACAUUUUCUUUCUCUGACCCAACUCUAGACUCAUCAGAUCCAACCUCUCUGUUUUUCCUGUCUAAUGAGGCAGGUUCAUCCCAGAAUCUCCUCGGUGGCUCUUGUCUCAGGAAAGAGUGGAGGAAGCAGAGGCCGUAGUGAGAAAGGCGGCCAAGUGGAACAAAGUUCGGGCCCCCAAGGUCAUCUUUCAAGAUAACACUGUAAGUUCACACUGAUGAACAUUUAUGACAGAAGAUCUUAGCAUAGGACCUUGGACAACUCAGACACACACUAGCAUAAAAAUCUCAAAUUUAAAGCGAAUGUGAAGAACAAGAAACAAUAAAGCUCCAAACAUCUCUCUUCAUGCAACAAAACGAGACCUUGUCAUUACGCUAUUAUUAUACAUUUAACAGAUUUAAAAACAGCCGGGACGUACCCUUAAAAUCUGUCACUGAAUGUCUUUAUUUCAAGCCAAACUCUUGUAAUAACUCUGCCAAGUGACCACAUGUUUAAGAGUUGGCACAUUUAGGUAUGAAUGAGAAAACAGUCAGAGUAAAAGAGAAGUGUAUCCUCCGUUUUUAUUUUGGAUAUCUUUGUAAAGAUCGAUCGACUGAGUGUGUAAGAAACACCAAAGAACUUAGCUCACUGUAUUGGAUUUACACUUCCUGGUAUCUAUUCAAAAAAGUAUUUGUCUAUAAUAAUACACCAACAACAUGAAUCUAAACAGAAGAUGUGAUUUUUUUAUACUUUGCAGAUUAAUGAGGCAAAAGCACAACCUAAAGAACGCCACAAUGUGUUUGACCUGCUGAGGAAGAGCAACAUCAGAGUCAUUACUCUCAAUCUCUCCCUGGUGUCGUAAGUCAAACCCACAGUUAUACUCUAACAGACAAAGAACAACGCAAAAUGGCUACCCUUUGGUGACAGUUUUCUUACAGCCACUCAUUGGAAUACACAGGUGAUGGUUAGUAAACACAAGUUUGUUAUUCAGAAGAAGUUCAUUUAUUGAUCUGACUUUUAACUGUAUCUGCCAAGAGCACAUAUUUGUUCAAAUUGAUGUAUUAAUCAAUUUUCUUAGCUCAGGGGUGUCUUUUUUAUCAUCUCUUUAAGGUUCACCAUGAUUAUUGGAUAUUAUGGACUUUCCUUCAACACGCCACAGCUCCACGCCAACCCAUACGUCAGUUGUUUCAUCUCAGCUGCUGUGGAAGUUCCUGCUUACAUUUCCAGCUGGCUGGCUUUGCUGUACCUCCCACGGCGGUUGUCUGUCAUCAGUUCUCUGCUGCUCGGAGCUGUGCCACUUUAUCUUAUUCAACUUGUGCCCCAGAGUAAGCACCAAACUGUAUGAAAAGUGACGUAAUGUAAUGUUUGAUCUUUUGCCAUAGUUGCCAAGAAUCACAGGUACAUUCUUCCCUUCAUGGUACAUUACAUCUUCAAGAGUGAGAAAUAAACAGAGGCUUUGUUUGAACCUGAGAGUUGGCUGACAAAAGCUUGGUUCAGUGGUAGGGUCAAAUGUCUGUCGCUACCAGGGCUGUCGCAAUAACCUACAAAAACAAUCUCCACAAUAUUUACUAACAACAUAGUAGGCCUCUGCAACAACCUCGCACGACGUCAUGAUACCUAACUGAGUGUAACUUCACUAUUUUUUUAAAUUUUGGCUUUCGACCAAAUUUAAAAUCAAGAGCGGAUUAAGAUGAGCACUGCCCUCUACCAGCAACGAGUGGAGGCGCAGCUUAAUUCAAAAUGAAUGAAAGACUAACAGAACAUUAGUGAGGUGAAAUAGACAGGGUUAGAAAUCGCUGAACUUUGACUUAACCAAGCACUCUUUAUUUAUUUUUCAGAUCUGUCAAAUCUGGCUCUCGUACUGGAGAUGUUUGGUAAAUAUGCAUUCACCACUGGAUCCUCGUUGAUGUUCGCCUACAUUGCAGAGCUUUACCCAACAGUACUCAGGAACACAGCAACUGGGACAUGUAGCACAGUUUCCAGACUGGGCUGCUGCAUGUCUCCUCUGUUGUUACAGCUGGGUGAGUUAUUUGACUUUAGAUAGACUGUAUUACACAUAACAAAAGCGAUACAGACUUUCCUCUGAUCUAUCUUUCUUUUUCAGGUUCAUACUUUAAGUACCUUCCUUAUAUCAUACUGGGGACUCUGGCUGUAGUGUCGGCCAUUGCAGCUUUCUUCCUCCCAGAGAGUUUUGGAAAACCGCUCCCUGAAACAGUUCAACAGAUGCAGCGGAGUAGAAGGUGGGCUGAUUGUUUCAUGCAGCUUAAUGAGGGAUAUUGCCACAACAGAUAAUUCAAAAACAACUACCAUUGCCUUGCUAGUGAAACUCUGUCACAAUCGGUGCAAGUACAGAUGUAAGGUUUGGAUCCCAUUUCUAUUUUAGAUCAAGAAAAGAGUCAGUUUCAGGAUUAAGAGUGUCCCAUGAGUUACACAUCUCCGAAUGAAGGGGACUGUGGAUGACAGGUUUACUUUUUGAUGACAUGCAUUAAGUGGACAUAUAAGUAAAUUAAGUGUAAGAACAUAUUUGUCAACAACUCAAUUUUAAAACAGUAAGUCAACAUCAGAACCGGUUCCAACUAGCAAGUGCAACGGUUCCGCUAUCGGUGCCGCCCACUUAGCUCUGAAAUACUAGAGGUAGUCAGCGCAGACAGUAUCCAUGAACGUUAUCAUGGCUGACAGAAGACAGGAGCCAGUCAAACCGCUGUUGAAUACAACUGAACAUCGUCAUGUUUACUAAAGGUACAGCAUAACCCCUCACUGUAAAAUCCACUUGCUUUGUAAGACCAGCAGCUUUCCAAUGAUCAACUCUGUGUGAUAUCCAUUAUCUGUCUUUUCUAACCUUAUAUUUAACCUUAUGUUUUGUUUUUCUUCUCCUCCCAACAGAGUGAAGUGUCCGUGCAUCUCUGGAAAAGAAACCAUCAAGACUUCGGUGCUCCUGGACAGUCCCCUAUGA